AUGCCGGCAUGGAGCGCGCCCAACCGCGCGGGCGGUGGCGGCUAUGGUGGCAGUGGCUCGGGUUCGGCGUCCUCGGGGAACUCGCACGAGUGGAAGAAGGACCCGUCCGGCCGCUGGCACUAUAUCGGGCCCGGCAAUGCGCAGGGCAAUCGGGGACACGACGCCUCCGUGCAGCAGCAAUCGCGUACCUGGCAGUGCUCGCGCUGCCACUCCACCAACCACUCGCCGAAGGCCUGCCCCGUGUGCGGCCUCCGGCGCAGCUAUGCUGCUGUCGCUGCUUCGGCCGAUCCGGCGGCGUCCGCGCCUCCGCCGAAGCCGUCUACCCGCGCCCAGCUCGACCAGAUCACCCAGUCGCUCCAGUCGACGCUGGCCGAUGUCCAGGCGCGUGUCGCGGCUCCCCAGGCGGGUGCGCCUGCUGCCCCCCCGGAUGCCGCGGCCCCGGCUUCCGCCCCGACGCGGCCCGAGCUUGUCAAGAGGCUCAAGCGCUACGAGGCCGCCCUCGAGAUCUACAAGGACGACACGGCCGACCCAGAGCAUGCGCGACUCACGCAGCAGAUCUCCGAUGUGAAGGCCGAGAUCUCUGCCCUCAAGCCGCUUGGUGCGAAGCUGGAUGGUGCCCGCCAGGCCCUCCAGCGUGCGUCGGCGCGGCGCGAGGAGGCCGACAAGGCCUUGGCUGCUGCCACGCUCCUCCGCGAUACCGCCGAGGCGGAGGAGGCUUCGGCGAAGGAGGCGGUUGCUGCCCUGGAGUCCCAGGUCUCGCCCCUCGACAACACAGAUCUCAUGACGUCGAUUCAGGCGCAGUUGCAUCAGCUGAUCGGCACGCUCAAGUCCGACCCCGGCGUCCAUGCCACGCACAUCGCGAAUGCGGAGAAGCACGUCCACGACCUCUUUGCCGGCUUCCAGUCGGUUUUUCAGCAUGCGAAGGACUACCACGCCCACCAGGAGAAGGUUGCGGGCCUUGCGGAGGGCCGCCCGCCCUACCGCCACGUUGGGAAGCAUCCGCUCCCGACGUCGCUGCCCGAGCCCUCUGUCCCCUCGCACCGGGUCCGGCAGAAUGGCAAACAGCCUCCCAAGGAGGUCCCGGACGAUGUCUUCCGGCGUCCUCGCACUCGCCAGGCGCCUCGCCGCUCCCGGAGCCGCGGCCAGAGCGCGGUCGCUUCAGCGAACGUCAAGACGUUGGAUCCUGCUGGUGUUCGUCGCGCCAAGAAGCUUGGCCUGAACACUAGUAGCAAGAUGGAGUACCUGGACGGUGCUCUCGCCGCCGCUGGCUACAACAUCACUGGCGUGCAAGAGUCUUGUGUGGGUGGCGACGUCACCCGGGAGCAAACCCAGUACGUCGUCUACACUUCUGGCGCCACGCCAGAGGGACACUUCGGAGUUGAAUCUUGGAUGGCGCGCUCCCUCGUUCUGGGUGCCCGUGUGCAGCCUCAGGCCAUCUCUCCCCGACUAUUGGUGGUGAGGUUUGAUAGUUCACAGUGUUCUUUCACACAUGUGGUUGCCCACGCACCUGUUCAACAAGCUUCUGAUGCCGACAGGUCGGCCUUCUGGGACUCCCUCAAGGCCGCCUUGCAUGCCAUUCCGCCUGCACGCAUGGUGUUUCUCUCCAUCGAUGGUAACGCCACGCUCGGCUCCAUCCCGUCUUCGGCCAUCCCGUUUCCAGACGGUGCGGCCGAGAACAACAACGGCAGGUGUUUGCGGGAAGCCAUGGAGGAGGCCGUGUUGGUCCUGUCCUCAAUGGCCACACCCGAGGUCCUCCCAACGUGGUUCGGAGGUUUCGUGCAGCACGAGGGCCGUCGUAACGACUACGUGGCCGCUUCCAUGGACGUUGCUGACCACUUCGUCCAGGCGGGCGUCGACCACAGCGUGCAUCUCAGCGGCAAGGACUCGAUCGACCACUUGCUCACUUACGCCGAGUUCAUUGUGCCCUCCACGGCGACCUUGGACGUCUCCAACUACAGCGAUGCUGGCCAGUGCGACACCUCCGUUGCGGACCGCGCUUCGCCGCGCUCGCCGGGCGCUCCGGCAGCAGACGCUCACGUGUCUAUGGGCGUGGUGGUGCCGCGCUACACGUCGGGCUCCGCGGCCUUCUUCUUGGAGACGCUGUACGACGCCAGUGGCAACCUUCUGACCGGCGACUUGGGCAUCGACCAGCGGUGGACUGAGCACUGGUGCCAGCACCUCGCUGGCAGCACCCUCCCGUUCUCCGAGUUGUUGGUUGCCGACUCCGCCGAAUCUGUUGCACCUGACGUUCCGCGUGCACCGCCGUUGUCGCUCGACUACGUCGAGCCCCUCCUUCGGGUUUCCAAGGGGCGCAAGGCCACUGGGCCUGAUGGUGUGUGCCCUGCUGUAUGGAAGGCAGGCGGUGAACCGGCCGCAUUGCUCAUGCAGGCUGUCCUCAACUCCACCCGCGCGCAUUGCAAGGCCCCCGCUCUCAUGAAGGGCGGCCGCAUGCAGGAUCUGUGGAAACGCAAGGGCGAGCGCACCGACACUGCGAACUGUCGCGGUCUCCUCAUCCAGACCCACGCGGGCAAGGUGCACGGGGCCACGCUGAAGGACGCAAUAAAACCUCACUACCCCCGCGCCGUCGCCGACACGCAGCGCGGUGCCAUCGCAGGCCGCGGGGCCGCUGCCGCCGGGCUCACUGCCGAGCUGCACGCCGACAUGUGCCGCUCCCGUCGGCAAUGCUUCGUCCGUCUCUUCGUCGACCUGACCGCUGCCUUUGACACGAUUUGUCGAGAGUUGGAGCAGGUGACCGAAUUUAUCCAGACGCAUGGUGAUCUUCUGCGCGCCGCCGGUGUUCCUGCUGACGCGGCUGCCCUGGUCGCCGAAAUGCACGCGAACACGUGGCUCACCGUGCAGAAGGGCGUGAUGAAACCGGGCGCCAUGGUCGUUCGCACCACCGAGGGCGCGAGGCAGGGUUGCAAGAUUGGGGCUUUAAUUUUCAACGUGAUUUACGAGUAUGCUCUGAAGAAGGUCCGACAGCGGGCUCGCGAUGCCGGUCUCGUACUUCUCGUCGAAGCUGCUGCAGGCCAGUGCCCUUGGCGCAUCUCUCCUGAAGCCCUCCCAGCGAGUCCGACCGCUGCGCCCUACCCGGGCGUUUCUGCGGACCUCUUCGACAUCGCAUUCGUGGAUGACGUCCUCUUCAUGUUGAUGUGUGCCAGCCCUGCUCUGGCCUCCAUGCAGGCCAGCAUGCUGCUAGAGAUCGUCAUCGACGCAUUCGCCGAGUGCGGCCUCCAGUGCAACCUGAAGGAGGGCAAAACGGAAGUCUCCUUGCACCUGGUAGGCAAAGAAUCUCGCCGAGUGCGCUCCUCCCUGUAUGACCCCGAGCUCAAGCGUCACAUGCUGCGCACGCCGGACGCCUCCCGAGCAGUGGUUGUGACGAACCGCUACAAGCACGCGGGCGCAGUCCGCGCAGUGAACGGCUCCUACGUCGCCGAUGCGCGUGCUAAGGCCACUUCCUGUUUGCAGGCCUUUUACCCUCUGGCGCACCGCGUCUACGGCAACUACGACAUAGAUCUGCGCACGAGGCUCUCCCUCGCAGAUUCGCUCUGCUUCUCGAAGCUGCGGUUCGGCACCGAGACAUGGCUGAACCCUUCUCCCGACGCCGUUCGGCAUCUUCACAGCGCUCGCAUGCGCGUGCUUCGUCAGGUGGCCAACCGCUGCCGGUUCAAGCGGUCCGGACACGGCUUGGACCGGGAGGUGCUAAGGGAGUUGCACGUGCUGCCCGCGGACCUGAUCCUCUUGCAGAAGCGAUUAGUGGCUGCUGCUACCACUUACGCGCGUGGCCCCGCUAUUUUACGUGCGCUCCGGCUGCAGCCGGGCACGAAUGCUUCGGCAGCUCUGGCCGACGAUCUGAGUUGGGCGCGGCAGGCUGCCACUGCCCUGCACGGCAUGCCAGACCCAUGCACCGAGCCUG